CCUACAAAACCCAAAAACAUGCACUAAACACAAAGCUACAAAAAGUGCACACAAAAUAACACUAACCCAUAAAAAAUGACCACAGUAAGAAGGCCAAAAUGGCACCCACAACCACCACCAACACCAAAAAUCAUCCACCUUCCACGACGGAUCUCUCGCCGGAAAACACCCACAAAAAUCGGCUUCAUAAAAUCAAAUUCAAACUCAAACCCAUUUCUAAGAAGGCCUCAAACAGGUAAAUUAGAGAGUUUAUUUGAUCAAGAAAGGGCCUUUUCUUACACCAUUCCUCCAGUGGUUCUUUUGAACUCAGUUCAAAGAGGUAAAGCUGAAAAUGUGCCUGAAAAUGAAGAAGAAAAAUGGAGGUUUCAAGCUGAAAUGUUAAGAGCAGAAUGUAAUUUCUUGAGGAUGGAAAAAGAAUUUGUUCAUAAGAAAUUUGAAAAAGAAAGGGUGUUUCUUGAAAAAAGUUUGAAGUCUGCCGUUCAUACUCUUCUCUCUGGAAAGAAGAAAAUUCAUGAGGGUGAAAGCACAAAUUUAGUGCUAGAAAAAGAGAUUGAAGAGCUAACAUAUAAGCUUGUAGAGUUGCAAAUAAGCUCUAGGAUGAAAAACCCUGAAGCAUAUAGCUGCAGUAACUUUGAUAAACAAGCAUCUUUACUUCAGAAAAAACUCGAAAAAUAUAAUGAAGUGCAGGAUGAUUGUUGUGUUAAGGAAAUACCAGAAGUAUCAACAGUUAGCCUUCCUGUCAAUUGUGUAAGAGAUGCAAAGAUCUUAUGUCAAAGUUCCAGUCGUCGGUCCAGCAGGUUUACUGAUGUGGAGACUUUGAGAAAGAAAAUGGAGAGAUUAUCCAAAGGAAAGUUACUAAAGAGAAUGGAAGAAGAGUAUGGAUACAUGCUAUCUGCUACUGCUAACUAUUCCGUAUCCAGCUCUGCUUCUACUUCCAAGAGAUAUGAUCAUGCUGAAUCAUCUUCCUACUCAUUCCAAAAAUCUUCACAGGAGGCGAAAUCAGGGGAAUUGAAACCAUGCUCAGGACGUUGUAAAGCUAUAGUAAGAAGGAUAAUAGGGCAAGUAAAAGCCGAGACAGAGCAAUGGUCUCAAAUGCAAAAGAUGCUAAGCCAGGUUCGGGAGGAGAUGGAAGAAUUGCAAGCUUCUCGCGAUUUCUGGGAAGCCCAAGCUCUUGAAUCUGAGCAGAAAAUCCAAACCAUGACUUCCGAUGUGGAGGAAUGGAAGAAAAAGACACUUUCUCUAGAGGUGAGGGAGAAUCAACUACAAAGACAAGCACAAGAACUUCAACAGGAGCUUGACAAGUUAAAGGCAGAGAAAAGUUCAGAGUAUAAUGUUAAAGUGAGUAAAGAUCCAGCCCCAAUAUCACUAGGAGCCCAGCUUGCAAGGGAAAAGAGAAUGCUAAUGAGUCAUAAGAAAGGACAGAAACACCCAAGUGAAACUGCUGACAAAAAAGAAAAUGAUAACAACGGCGAGAAGAAAGUAGUGCACAAAGAUGGAAGCAGAGUGCAGUUGAAUCGACAUCUAUUCAAGGAGAUCAGUAAUCUGUCACCUUUGGUAAGGCAGAACAGUAGAAGAUAUGUAUACCCUUUGCAUAGUCCUAAUCAUUCCUGAAAUAGUACAUUUGAGAGGUUUACUGAGGUUUAGGAAUAAGAGUAAUUUCUAUGAUUAUAGGCAGACUUAUUUUGGAAGAAGGUAAGGGGUUUGAAACAGAGGAUAUGUAUACCCUUUGUGUAGUCUUUUAGCCCUGUUGCAAGGGCGGAUCCAAGGAUCCGACUCUGCCGGUUUGCCUAUGGCAAACAAUUACAGUUAGUGAUAAAGUGGUGAUAAUUGGAAAUGAGUUUUGGCUCUUUAGUACUUUUUUAUGGACUUUCUUAUGUACUAUCUAUUUCAAUGAAACAAUGACGUGUCAUUAUCAUAA